GUACUGUUCGUAGUAAACACACUUCUCAUGAUUCGUGCGGCACAGCCGGAGUCGAUCGAGUGAGAAAACCUUGGCAAAGCUGGUUGAUCUCCAACCCGUGCUUCCCCUAAAAGAAGUGGUUUGGUUGCUUCCUUCACUGAUGCCUUCUAGUAAUGGCCGACUCCACUAUUCCAAGCAAGUCCAGAGACCAAUCGCUGUCCGAUUACGAUCAAUUCCUCCCCCAUAUGUGGCUCACCAACACAUAAAUCGAGAGCUUUCUUCACUCCAGCUCCAGGCCACCCACCCAUCUCCGAUCUCCAGAUCCGACCCCUGACAAGAGCAUCAUGCACUCCCCUCGCCGGAAAUCCCCGCCUUCGGAGUCGCCGUUCGCGGUCGCCAAGCUCGCCGGAUCCUACAUCAGAAAAGGCGGCCACCUCCCCGUCGUCGUCGUCGUGACCAUCUUCGUCUUUGCCUUGGUGGUGAUGUACAGCGAGGACAUCAGGUCCAUCGCCGCCGAGUACUCUUUGUCGCGAUUCAAAGCCCGGGGUUACGACCUCGCCCGUGGUAGCAAUGACUCCACCAGCCACCGACAACCUAUGGCUGAGAAAAAGAAGCCUAGGAAGAAGAGAGACGAGAAGAGCGCCAGAUCGGUCGUCAGCGUGCCGGAGUCGUGCGAUCUGUCGGAUGGCGAGUGGAUGUUCGACGAUGUGAACUAUCCGCUCUACCGGGAGGAUCAGUGCCAGUUCCUGUCGGAGCAGGUGUCGUGCCUGAAUAACGGCCGCCGGGAGGCCAUGUACCAGAAGUGGCGGUGGCAGCCCAAGGGCUGCUCCUUGCCCAAAUUCGACGCGAGGCUGCUGCUGGAGAGGCUGCGGGGGAAGCGGAUGAUGUUCGUCGGCGACUCGAUGAACCGGAACCAGUGGGAGUCCUUCGUCUGCCUGCUGCAGACGGCGCUACCGCUGGAGGGGUGGAGCCGCAGGGUCGACGGCUCCCGUUCGAUCUUCACGGUAGAGGACUACGACGCGUCGAUCGAGUUCUACUGGGCACCGUUCCUGGUGGAGUCGAACUCCGACGACCCCGAGAUCCACAGCAUCGCGGUGAGGAUCAUCAAGGCCGAUUCGAUCGAGAAGCAUGCGGUGCACUGGAAGGGGGCGGAUGUGCUGGUGUUCGACACCUACAUCUGGUGGAUGAACACCCCAAAGAUAAAAGUGCUGCGUCCGGGGGCCAAGAACUGGACGGAGCAUGAUGAGAUCGUGAGACGGGAAGCGUACGAGCGAGUUCUGAGGACUCUGUCAAAUUGGGUGGAUCAGAACUUGGAUCCCAACUGGUCGUCGGUGUUCUUCAUGAGCAUGUCUCCUCUCCACAGCAGGAGCACGUACUGGGGCAACCCAGAUGGGAUCAAGUGUGCCAAGGAGACGAUGCCGAUACAGAACAUGACCGGAGUGCGUCUCGGAAUGGACAAGAACUUGUUCGCGGUGGCAAAGAACGUGACGGGAUCGACGGCGCGGGUGCCCAUCACCUUCAUCGACAUCACGACCAUGUCGGAGUACCGCAAGGACGCUCACACGUCGGUGUACACGGUGCGGCAGGGGGAGGUGCUGACGCCGGAGCAGCAGGCUAAGCCGGCCGAGUUCGCCGACUGCAUCCACUGGUGCGUGCCCGGCCUGCCCGAUACCUGGAACCAAAUUCUCUACGCCCGGCUCCUCUCUGCCCGCCCACGCCAAUGACGCACCGGAUGACCAGAGAGCGUCAGAUCGCUAUCAGGCGGGCGCCUUGCCAAUGGACGGCCUGGAAGACCGUACCGUGCAGGUCCCACGCGCUAACGGAAGAAAAGGUCCAACAGUCGGAUGGGGUCCACGGCUCAGCCAUGGGACCCAAUGAAUGCUCCGUCAUUCGCAUCCUCCGCCAGCGAUGACAGGCGUCGGGAUUCCCUUCGAUGUCCGUGACUCUCCGGUCAAUUAAGUAACAUGAAUCAAAAGCAUCGCAGUUGAACGAUGAAUAUGAUGAAAUUUAUGGGUAGCUUUUGGUAGAAGCCAAGGGAGGCGUCUUGCUGGUCCCUGUCUGAGCCGCGCUCCCAACUCCCACACGACGACGUCGCAUCACAAUUGCAGGACACUCGGUCAUAGUCGCGAUCGCAAGAUGAAAUCAGGACCGCUCGCUCGCUCGCUCGCUCGCUCUGGUCGAUUCGUGCGGUUGUCAUGAUGGAUUCAAAAGUCGCUUCCGCUCCAAGCUUGACAAUUCCAUUUCUAAUAAAUCCGAUGCAUUCGUCGUCGCCUUAGUCUU